AUGUUAUUAAAGGGUUUCUUUUUUUUUAUAAUAUGUGUAUUUUAUAUAUUGAUAUUUUAUAAUAACAAUGUUAACUGUUUUUAUAUACCCAAAAUAUGUUGUACGAAAUAUUUUUAUUUAAAAGAAACAAGUGAUGCCCCUGCUUAUUCAGAUGGGCAUGAGCGAUAUAUUCAGGAAAAAAAGUUGAAGCAGUUGAAACACAAGAUGGAAAAUAAAUCUGUAAAACAAUUAAGAAUUACACCAAGAAUUGGCAUGAAUGAUUUACUCAUUAAAAUAAAUUCCGCAAAGCAGUUUUUAUUAAAAAGACAUCGGGUUAAAUUUAUUUUAACCUUAAAGGGUAGAGAAUAUACAAAUGUAGAAAAUGUAAAAAGAAUAUUUUCCAAGAUAUCUGAAGAAUUAAAAAGUUAUGGUAAUUCAGAAACUAUGCGUCAAAAUGGAAAUAUUGUAUCACAGCUAUUUAAUUUAAAAGCUAAAAGGAAAAAUGAAGGAGGAACAUGA